CAACCUAAAACCCCACACCGCUCUUUCUCAUCCACCGGUUCCUGUCGCCUUCAAUCGGAGACUUUCGGCACCACUCUCUCUCUUCUCUCUCUCUCUCCAUAUACGUAUAUACGCAAACUUUAAUCAAUUCAGACUUUUUUGGACUUUCUUUUGUCUUUAUUCAAAUGAGCACCAAUCCCACGACUCCACCAACGGCGGCAGAAUCAGAAUCAGCUGCUGCUACAAAGGCGGAGGGGGAGUCAUCUUUUGAUACCUCAAACGCAGCUUUUGAAGCUCUCGAGAAGGCUCAAGCUGCCGAGAACGACGCCGUGAAUACCGAGAAGGAGAUGGCGGCAGCGGUAGCGGCGGCGGAAGAUCCUAUCGAGGAGGAUCCUGCGGGUCCGGCCACGGUGUUCUGCGUCAGGCUUAAACAGCCUAGCUCAAAUUUGCGGCAUAAAAUGAGUGUGCCGGAGCUUUGUCGUAAUUUCAGUGCUGUUGCGUGGUGUGGAAAACUGAAUGCCAUAGCAUGUGCAUCGGAAACUUGUGCAAGAAUCCCAAGUUCAAAUGCAAAACCACCAUUUUGGAUUCCCAUUCAUAUUGUGAUCCCAGAGCGACCUACUGAGUGUACAGUUUUUAAUGCUGUAGCAGACUCACCUCGCGAUUCAGUUCAAUUUAUUGAAUGGUCCCCUACUUCAUGUCCUCGUGCUCUCCUUGUAGCUAAUUUCCAUGGAAGAGUAACUAUCUGGAGUCAGCCUUCUCAAGGUCCAGCAAAUGUUGUAAGAGAUGCUAGCUGUUGGGAGAAAGAGUAUGAGUGGCGGCAGGACAUUGCAGUUGUAACAAAAUGGCUAUCAGGAGUGUCUCCGUAUAGAUGGCUUUCAUCAAGGUCUGGUAGUGCCACAAAGUCAACUUUCGAAGAGAAAUUCCUCAUGCAACAACCAGAAUCUCCAGCUGGAUGGCCAAAUUUUCUGUGUGUCUGCUCUGUCUUCUCAACUGGAUCUCUUCAACUUCACUGGUCUCAUUGGCCACCUAACCAAUGUGGUGUGCCAUCAAAAUGGUUUUGCACAAGCAAGGGGCUCUUGGGAGCUGGGCGAAGUGGGAUCAUGGCAGCUGAUGCUAUUGUAACAGAAUCGGGAUCCUUGCAUGUGGCAGGUGUUCCAAUUGGAAACCCAUCAACUGUAGUCGUUUGGGAGGUUUCUCCUGGCCCUGGCUAUGGGUUUCAAGCAAACCCAAAGACAAGUGUUAGAAAUGGGGUGCCACCAUCACUAAGUCCUCCUUCCUGGUGUGGUUUUGCUUCUCUACCUGCAUACUUGUUUAGCUGGCAGGAGUAUUUAUUACAAGAAGCAAAGCAAGGGAAAACACAAACAGAACAAGAUUACAGUGAAAUGAUAGUGCUUAAUUGUUCACCGGUUUCCAACUUUUCUGCAUAUGUGAGUCCUGAGGCUGCAGCUCAAUCAGCUGCUACCACCACAUGGGGUUCUGGUGUCACUGCAGUUGCCUUUGAUCCCACUCGUGGUGGUUCUGUCAUAGCUGUUCUGAUAGUUGAGGGACAAUACAUGUCUCCUUAUGAUCCUGAUGAAGGCCCUUCAAUCACAGGAUGGAGGAUUCAACGUUGGGAAUCUUCUGUUGAGGAUGUUGUUCUCCAUCAAAUAUUUGGUAAUCCAACAUCCAAUUUUGGUGAUCAGGCACCCAAGCAGACGGUGUGGGUGAGUAAAGUAAACAAAUGUAUUCCAGCAUCAAGUGGUUUUAAAAAGCCCAAAGCAACAGGAACUAUGCCAGCAUCUGAUGGAUGGAAUGUGUCUGAUACUGGUGUUGAGAUGGCAAUGAGUGUCUUUUUUGAUCCAUUUGAUCUGCCAAGUGAUAUUAGAACUCUUGCAAGGAUUGUUUAUUCUGUUCAUGGGGGUGAGGUUGCUGUUGCAUUUUUACGAGGUGGGGUCCACAUAUUCUCAGGUCCAAGUUUCACCCCUAUUGAUAAAUACCAGAUUAAUGUUGGCUCUGCUAUUGCUGCUCCUGCUUUCUCUUCAACAAGUUGUUGCUCAGCUUCUGUUUGGCAUGAUAACGGAAAGGAUUGCACCAUAUUGAAGAUAAUCCGUGUUCUUCCUCCUGCUGCUUCAAUUAAUCAGGUGAAAGCUCACUCUGCAACAUGGGAGCGUGCAAUUACUGAGAGAUUUUGGUGGAGCCUCUUAGUGGGAAUUGAUUGGUGGGAUGCUGUUGGGUGUACACAAAGUGCUGCAGAAGAUGGCAUUGUUUCAUUGAACAGCGUCAUUGCUGUAUUGGAUGCAGAUUUCCACUCUCUUCCUUCUACUCAGAAUAGACAGCAAUAUGGACCUAGUCUAGACAGGAUAAAAUGUAGGCUUCUAGAAGGAACACAUGCUCAGGAAGUCAGGGCAAUGGUUCUUGACAUGCAAGCGAGAUUGCUGCUGGAUAUGCUUGGCAAAGGAAUUGAAUCAGCUUUAGUAAAUCCUUCAGCUUUGGUUACAGAACCAUGGCAAGCAUCCAGUGACACGCUCUUUGGUAUUGAUGCUGAGGCAAUGGCUGUUGAACCUGCAUUAGUCCCAAAUGUCCAGGCUUAUAUUGAUGGAAUACUUGAUCUGGCAUCUCAUUUUAUCACACGUUUGCGGCGUUAUGCAAGUUUCUGCCGCCAGUUAGCUACCCAUGCUGUUACUUCUGGCACUGGUGGGAACCGGAAUGUGGUGACUAGUCCUGUCCAAAAUUCUGCUCCAUCUGCAACUAACCCUGCAACAACUCAGAGUGUCCAGGGUGGUAGUGCAAGUACUCAGAUGCAAGCAUGGGCACCAGGAGUUUUGCUAAAGAGUAGUAACACAGCUGAUAGUGUUUCAAGUUCUGCUCCAAACCCCAUAAAUGGCCCUUCAACUUUUAUGCCUAUAAGCAUAAAUACAGGCACUUUUCCAGGAACUCCAGCUGUAAGGCUUAUUGGAGAUUGCCAUUUUCUUCACCGUUUAUGCCAACUUUUGCACUUCUGCUUUAUCUUCCGUCGAACACAACUAGCACGUUAUAAUGGGCCCAAUCCUCCCAACAAAGUAGAAGAGGCCAGCUCUGCUGUGAAACCAAUAGCUGGUGGUCAAGUUGGUGCUGGAGGAAAGGGAUCUGAAGAAGGUCCAUCUAACAGGUCCAGAAUAGGUUCUGGUAAUGCUGGACAAGGAUAUACAUAUGAUGAGGUGAAGGUCCUCUUUCUUAUUCUGAUGGAUCUUUGCCGUCGGACAGCUGGUCUGGCACAUCCAUUGCCGGUUUCCCAGGUAGGGAGCAGCAGCAUCCAAGUCCGUCUUCAUUACAUUGAUGGGAACUACACUGUUUUGCCUGAAGUUGUAGAAGCUUCACUCGGUCCUUAUAUGCAGAAUAUGCCCCGGCCUAGAGGUGCAGAUGCUGCUGGCUUGCUGCUUCGAGAGUUAGAACUGCAUCCUCCAGCUGAAGAAUGGCACAGGAGGAAUAUGUAUGGUGAACAUUGGUCUGAUCCAGAGGAUAUUGAUCCAGUUGAUGAUAAUUCUAGGCUUAGCCAUACAACAGACUUGCUCAAGUGUAGCUCGUCAGAUCAUUCCGAUGAUUGCUGUGUUGCUCGCAGCUCAUGGCCAAGGAAGCGCAGAAUGUCUGAACGAAAUGCAGCUUUUGGCUUGAACAAUUCAGUUGGCCUGGGUGCAUAUCUUGGUAUAAUGGGAUCUCGAAGGGAUGUUGUGACUGCAAUAUGGAAGUCAGGGCUCGAAGGAGUUUGGUACAAGUGCGUGAGAUGUUUGCGGCAGACUUCAGCUUUUGCUCCACCAGGCGUAAACCCUACAAAUCAGAAUGAGAAGGAACAAUGGUGGAUCAGCCGGUGGGCAUACGGUUGUCCAAUGUGCGGUGGAACCUGGGUUCGAGUUAUAUAGAGCAAAGUGGCUUCAGCUUAAGCAUCCAUCUCAGAUGCCCUCCGUUUUAGCUAAUAUCCCAGUACGUCAAACAAUUUCUUUUAAGAUUGAUGAUCUCGCUAGUGUUUUGACAUGGCUGCACUUGGAUGACACUCGUAACUAUAGUUGAGUUGCUGCAGGGUUUUUGGGUUAGUACUGAAGAUGACUGGUAAACUCCUAGCUGGUUAGUGGCAUGUUCUGAGCUUAAUAUAUAGAGAGGUCUGUCUUAACACUUAAAAAUAGAGAAGCAUAACCCUAGAUUAAUGGUUAGGAUUGCCUUUAGCCAUAUGAAAAGGCACCCUUAAGCUGUAUAAUUCUCUGUAAAAUAGGGGAGAAUUGUUCCCCAAAUAAAUGGUAUCUUGAUAUAUAGAAGUGAACUAACAUAUCAGCCUUCUUGAAUUAAUAAUCUAAUGAGUUAAUUCCCAAUUUGGUCACUCAAAUGUAACAUAAGCAAAA